AUGACACAAAAAAAACCCCACCUCCAAACCAUCACCAUCACCCUCGUCCUCCUCAUCACCAUCAUCACCGCCCUCCGCCUCCCGGAAUUUCAAGAAGCACCGGCGUUUAGAAAUGGGGAAGAAUGCAACGACGAUAUAAUUCACAUAGCAAUGACCCUCGACGCAACCUACCUCCGUGGUUCAAUCGCCGGAGUCUUCUCUAUCAUCCAACACUUAACUUGUCCGGAAAACACCGUCUUCCACUUCCUCACCACCCACCGCCUCUCCUCCUCCCUCCACCACACUAUCACAACCACAUUUCCUUACCUCAACUUCCACCUCCAUCACUUCAACACUGAACUAGUUAAAAACAAAAUCUCCAUCUCCAUCCGCCGCGCACUUGAUCAACCACUCAAUUACGCCCGCGUCUACCUCGCCAACCUCCUCCCUGACACCGUCCACCGUGUUAUCUACUUCGACUCCGACGUCAUCGUCGUAGACGAUGUUGUGAAGCUCUGGGAAAUAAACCUCAACACCCACGUACUCGGAGCACCGGAAUACUGCCACGCAAACUUCACCCACUACUUCACGACUAAAUUCUGGUCAAACCCAUAUUUCUCCGGUGCAUUCAAAAACCGUCUUGCAAAUCCGUGCUAUUUCAACACCGGCGUAAUGGUGAUUGAUAUGAUGAAAUGGAGGAGGUUUAAGAUAACUGAAAAACUGGAGAGAUGGAUGGAGAUACAAAAAAAGUAUCGAAUUUAUGAAUUGGGUUCGCUACCACCGUUUCUGCUUGUAUUCGCCGGAGAUGUGGGGGCGGUGGAGCACCGUUGGAAUCAACACGGACUCGGCGGAGAUAACGUGGAAGGGUUGUGUCGGGAUUUACAUCCGGGUCCGGUGAGUUUGCUUCACUGGAGUGGAAAAGGGAAGCCGUGGCUAAGGUUGGAUUCGAAGCGGGCGUGUCCACUGGAUGGAUUGUGGGCUCCUUAUGAUCUCGUUAAACAUGGGUCGUUGAUUUCGGACAUGUGA